AGGCUGAGUGAAAAUGGUGGAAAUGUCUUAAUAAAGUUUUGGCGCUUUGGUGUUUAGAAUUCGAAAAGAAAAAAAGAUUUGGGGGUUUAGGGUUUUACUCUGAUUUUCAUUUCCCAAUUGAAUCAUUAGGGUUUUAAAUUUGUAAGUCCUCAAGACCACAAUGGAAGCUGUUAAGUUGGAAAUUCGGUGUCCUCAAAUCGUUAAUGGAAUCGGUCUUGAACCCGACCCGGAUUGGAGCUUCAAAUCUUUGUUAUUGGAGCUUGAUUCCUUGGAAAAGAAGCUCAAUCUCUCUUCUUCGGUUUCUUUGCCCUUUGCAAAAACCAAAUCAAGAGAAAUUUAUGGGGAAAAAGGCACCAAGAGAAGCUCAAAUGCAUUUGUAAUGAGAGUAUCUGAUGAGGAGUUUGAGGAUAGUGAAGGUGAGAAUGAGAAAGUUCGUGAUCGAGGUUUAGUGAAAGCUGCACGAUUCAAUUGCAAUGAAUUUUAUUUUAGUAGUAGCGAUGAUGAUUCUGAUGAUCAGCCAUGUCUUGACGUUCAAACCUACUUGAUGAAUGAGGUGGGAUUGGUGGAGAGUGCUCUAUAUGAGUUAACUCAUGAGCAUCAACUUGGAGUUAAGGAGGAAAUUAGAAACACAAUCUCUGCAUUAGAGACAGAUUUGAUGAAUGAGAGCGAAAAGUCUUCCUCUGCACAUACUAAAGUUGAGAAAUAUAGAGAAGCAAGGCGAGAAGUGGAGAGGAAAUUUGAUGUUCAGUACCAACGCAGAGUUGCAGAAGGACUUGAUAAUCAUUUGACUGCUGUCCAGCGGGACCAUGAACUCAAAUCACAAAUAGAGGAAAGGAAAAUACGAAGUGAUGCAGCACAUGAAGAAGCCAAGAGAAGGGAAAAGGCUCUUCAGGAAGAAAGACUACGCCAAGAAAAGGCCAAAGCAGAGGCAGAGUUGCAGGCUAAACUUAAAGCUGAGGAAGCAAAUAGAGCUGCUUUGGAAGCUGAGAGGAUAGCAGCAAAAGAAGCAGCAGAAAAUGAAGCAGCUAAAUCCUCAAAAGCUAAUACUUCUGAAGUGCCACAAACAGAAGCUUCAGGAGGCCCAAAUGCUACUAGUUCGAGAGUUGAGAAUGAUAAAACAAAUAAAUCAGAAUUGGCAGGUAAUAUGCUCAGGGCUGCUGAGAGUGCUUUAAAGCUAGAGAGGGAAAGGCUACAAAAAUUAAAAGAGUUGGAAGAAAUAAACCAAUCACUGAGAUCAAGUUCAAAUCAGAAUUUUGACAGCACUGGAAGGCUUAUUGGUAGAUUAAUAAGGCAAAUUAGUGGUAACAAGGACAAGGUUAGCACACAAGCUAGUGAGCUUGUAAAGAUUUUCAACAAUCCGCGUUGCCCUCAAACCAUAAGCAUCGCAUAUUUUGCUCAGAAGGUUGUUUCUAACUGCGAAAGCCCUAGUCAUUCUGCCUUUGCCUGUGCACAUGUCAUCGUCCUUGUAACAUCACAGUUUCCACAAGCGAUGGAUCUUGUUCUUGCUGAGAUACAUAGAGCUUGCAUUUACACUGUCCCAAAGCAUAUAUCAUACACCAAGUCAGCAUUUGAAUCCAAAGAAGCUUAUUGGAAGGUUAUUGGAUACAAAGAGGAUGAUGGGAAGAUUGAAAGUACUACGGAUUAUUUGGUACGGUUGGAAUCUUACAUGAAGCUGUAUGGGGCACUGGUUCAGACUGAGGUUGCUGGUUGCCAAAAUGUUCAUGGUCUAAAGGAAGGUUGGGCUUGGCUUGCUAGGUUUCUAAAUGCACUCCCUGCCAAUAUGUAUACCGCUGUGGCUUUGUACGCAUUCCUGCAAAUGGCAGGGUUUGCUCUCUUCAGAAAAUACCGAUCUCAGUUCAUGAAAAUGCUGAACUUCAUCUCAGAGAACUUUCUAAAUGCCUUGAGGUCCCAAGAUGAUCCGGACCUGAGGCCGAUUACGUCCAAGAUUCAAUGUUACUUGGAAGACAAGUUAUUCCUUCAAGAACCAGAGGGAAGGACUUUGCAUAGUUCUUUGUUAUCAAAUAACAUGGCGCCAGAGUCGGAUUACCAUGGUCCGUAUCAUCAACAAAGUAGGCAUUUCUACUAAACCAAUCGAAUGGAGAAAUCAUUUGUAAGGAGUUGCUCAGAAGCACAAACGAGUACGAAGCUAAUCUCUGAUCCUCAUAUAUUCUUUUCAUUAUAUACCCAAAUGUUUUGGGGACGAAGAAGUUUAAGGUUUAUGCUUACAUAACAAAUUCUAUACAAUAGUAUAAAAUUUGACACAUUCGUAUAAUAUUUAUAUAUUCAUUUCCUCUGA